AUGUUAACAGCCGAUCAUCCCCAAACUGAUUUCCAAACAGAAUGGGCCAAUCGAGUCGUGGCGGAUGUGUUGCGUACAGUAGCGACUCCUAAAGAAUGGAGCAAGCAAUUGCCAUUCGUGAAGCUCGCUAUUAAUAAUAGUGUUCACGCCAGUACGGGUGAAACACCGUUUUACAUUAACGGACUGCGUCAUCCUCGAACGCCAAUCUCGUUUGUACGCAGCCCGAGUCUUAGUGGGGGAGGGCCCCUCACUUCGCUCGGUGCGAAUGCCAAAGAGGGCCCAGGUUGGCCUAGUGACACUGCUAAUUUAGCAAUGGUCACGACACCUAUAGGUGUCACAGAGAAGGCACGGCAAGAUGUGCCAGUGCUCCUUGACGAUGACACUAUAGUGUUAUCAACAGCUUCGACCCAUGAACGACCUCUUGGAGGCGUCAAAGGCGAGCUGGAUGCUAAAAGCGUGAUUGAACUCAGCGCUUUGUGGAUGAGUGAUUAG